GUCGCGGUGACAUUGGUGGCCGGCCCGGCAGCAGGCAUGGCGCAGAAGCUGGUGCAGCGCAUCACCACCCAGGCGCCGCAGCUACUCAGCGCCGCCGUGGCGUACGGGAAGCCGCGUCUGGCCACGUUCUGGUACUAUGCCAAGGUAGAGCUGGCCCCACCGACUCCCGCCGAGAUCCCGCGGGCCAUCGACGGCAUAAAGGCGCUGGUCAGGAGUUUCCAGAGCGGCCGGCUGGCGCAGCUCACCGUCCGGGACGCGCUGAGGAACGGUCUGGUGGCUACGGAGGUGCUGAUGUGGUUCUACAUCGGGGAGAUCAUAGGCAAGGGCGGCCUGAUCGGGUACAACGUCUGAAAAUUUCUCCCGCCGUCCUCGGUGCCGUGGUCCUGAAUCUGUAACGGGGUCUGUGACAAUAAAGCUAGGAACUGG